AAAACAAAAGAUGAUAUUAUGAAGAAUGUUUGCAACCUGUAUAACCUGUUAAGUAUAACAAACAGGUUGCACUGACGUUCAAAGUAUUUGUUUACAUAUUACUGGAAGACAGUGGCUACCAGCAACUGUUCGAUUAUCAACAUUCUUCAAAAUAUAAUCCGUUUUCAGCAGAAGAAACUAACAUGUUUGAAACAACUUGAGGGUAAAUGAUAACAGACUUUUCUUUUUGGAUGAACUUGAACUAUCCCGACUCUUUUACUGGGGCACAAUCCAUGAAUAGAAAAAAAGCAUGUAAUGAAACUUUAGUUUGUUUGAAUAAUUUAAAACAUGAAGGAUGAUUCAAAUAGCCUACCAGCUGAAGCGAAAAUAUCCCGCGCAUCCUUUUCAGUCACGCACGCCCCCCAUCUCGUGCUUCUCCUCCUACUUUCUCUUUACUUGGAGUCGGACGAUAAUUCAGGAUUCGCCGCUGUAUCCGGAGAGUUUGAGGAGAUGGAUGGAGAAUUAAUUACCGAUUCAGAGCAGGAUUGGGCCAGCGCAUCUGAAUCUGACUGGAUGAACGAGAUGGGAAAUGGGAAAGGAAAACAAGGGGGGAAAAGAAAGAUGAAUCAACAAAAUUGUAGCAAGAAGAAAAUAGCCAGAAGUAAAAAAUCUAGGCUUCCAGACCUGAAGAAGAUGAAUGCUGAAUCAGUUAUGAAGCAGACUAAGCCAGAAUGUGAACUGAAGGGAAACUGCUCAGAAACUGAUUUUAAUGAAGAUGACAGAAGGGUAAUAAAAGAAAAAAUGAAAGCGCAAAGAUGCUUCAAGCAGAGUAACAACAAGAGGCCAUUUUCCCACCAAAUAUCCAGUUCAAGUAGGCAGACCAGAAAUAAAAAUGACUCGGGGCUAGAUCUAACAGCUGUCUUUCAAGAAGUCAGAAAUAAGAAACAGCUGGCUGUUCGUUGUGGAAAAAUGGCAGGUUGUCUGUACAGAAUAAAAUAUGACAAUGGAGAGAAGUGUAUUUCAUGUAAAGGGAAAUGGUUUACACCCGGACAGUUUGAGGAGUUUGGAGGAAAAGGGCAUCACAAGAAGUGGAAGGGUAGCAUCUAUUACAAACCAUCAAAUGGCCUUCAACAAGUGAAAUUACUGAAACUCAUACAAAAUGGGUGUCUUUCAGAGUUUGGACAACUGAGGGAGUCAAUUAGACAGGUGACACAGACAGAUAGAGACGGUGCAAACUCAGUGCAAAAUGUAACGAGGAGUGAAUUAAUCAACUCCUUAAAAGGUUUUCCAGAGUCCUGGAAAAGAUUGUUUUCCAAGACUCUGAAAAUACCUGUGUGUGGAAUUGAAGAGAAAACAAUCCAGCCAGACAGUUCUUCAGAUGAGUCUGUAUCUGUUGCUGAAAGAGUCAAAAUGAACAGGAGAGAAUCUGUGGUUUUACAUGAAACUGUCAGUAAAAAGAUCACAGAACCGGUAGAAUCUACUGCUAGUGCUAGAGAUUCAUCUACACCUCCCACUGAUGCUACAGAACCUGCAGUAUCUGCUGUUGUAGAGGAGGCCGAUCAGACCAGAGAUGAAGCAGCAGCAGCUCAGCUGAACUUCAGUGAUUCUCCUGCUGAAUGGCAAAACCCUGUUGUUUCUGAAGAGACUGAGAAGACAGGCCAGAUGCAGUUAUUUGAAUUUCUGGCCAACCAGUUUAAUACCAUCAACAACACCCUGAAAUCAAUUGAUUUGUCUUUGAAGAAGCUGGUGGAAAAACAGUCACAAAACACUCUGCCUCAAUACAUCAGUCUAACUCCUGCUGUUAUUGAAAAUCUCCAGAUUCACUCCCCAGUCAAGGAGGAGUCAUCGUAAAACCAUGAAAAAUUUACAGUAAACUAUAAAAAUGUUUUGACUCUGGGUCAGGUUAUUAACAGCCAAAUGUAACCAUAAUCACUUUUGAUCACUCAUAAUCAGCUUUGAUUAUUAACUAGAUCUCAUUACAAUGUAUAAAAGAUGAUAAUAUCCUGGGACCUUACAUAGAGGUUUGGAGGAUGGAUGGAUAGAAUAUUUCUUAUGAGGAUUGCUGUACUAACUACUAUCUUUCCAUUGUUUUUCUCAAUAUGGGAUGCAGGUGGCAGUGUAUUAUAGCUCUGCUUUUCUGUUACAGACCUUCAAUGUCGGUGUCAAGGUACCUUAAAGGUAAAAUGUGUCAUUUCUGUGAUUGCAAAAAUAAAAUUGUUUUAAACACUC